AUCUAGAGUCGCUCUAUGAGAAUUGCUCACUUGCUUCCUUCCCAGAACAGAGACUCUCCCCUGAGCGAGUGCACACUGUGCAGAGUGCGCAUGCGUGGAGAUGUCGCGCAUGCGCACUGCACACCGGACAGGGACGCAAGUCUUGCAGUGACAGGCGGACGCUCCUCGUUCUGUGUCCAGCUGCUGGACAGGCGAAAGAUUUUGGUUUUUUGUUUUUUUAAAUACCGGAAAUCAAGCCUUUUGUGGCUGUCACGGUUUUACAGCUGGGGUUUGGUCCAGUAUGGCGGCAGACGGAUGGAAAUACUGAUGACAGUCCGAAAGAUCGCCUCGAUAUGUACGAUGGGCGCCAAUGCCUCAGCUUUGGAGAAGGAGAUUGGACCAGAACAGUUCCCUGUAAAUGAACACUACUUUGGUCUGGUUAAUUUUGGCAACACCUGCUACUGUAACUCAGUGCUGCAGGCUCUGUAUUUCUGUCGUCCGUUUCGGGAGAAAGUACUGGCCUACAAGGUGCAGCCACGGCGCAAAGAGAGUCUGCUCACCUGCCUGGCAGAUCUCUUCAACAGCAUCGCUACUCAGAAGAAGAAAGUGGGAGUCAUCCCUCCUAAGAAGUUCAUCUCACGCCUGAGGAAGGAAAACGAGUUGUUUGACAACUACAUGCAGCAAGAUGCUCACGAGUUCCUCAACUACCUGCUCAACACCAUCGCCGACCUGCUGCAGGAGGAGAAGAGCCAGGAGCGGCAGCAGAAUGGCAAGGUGGUACAAAAUGGAGGAGGAGGAGGAAGCGGAAGCGGGAGCAACACGGGAGAGGCAGAAUCAGCCGAGAAGAACCAACAGACGUGGGUGCAUGAGAUCUUCCAGGGCACACUGACCAAUGAGACACGCUGCCUCAACUGUGAAGCGGUAAGCAGUAAAGAUGAGGAUUUCUUGGAUCUCUCUGUGGAUGUGGAGCAGAACACAUCCAUCACACACUGUCUCAGGGGCUUCAGUAACACGGAGACGUUAUGCAGCGAAUACAAGUACUACUGUGAGCAGUGUCGGAGUAAGCAGGAGGCACAGAAACGGAUGCGUGUGAAGAAAUUACCCAUGAUCCUCGCCCUGCACCUAAAGCGCUUUAAGUAUAUGGACCAGCUGCAUCGCUACACCAAACUGUCCUAUCGUGUGGUCUUCCCUCUGGAGCUGAGGCUCUUCAAUACCUCCGGUGACGCCACCAACCCCGACCGUCUCUAUGACCUUGUGGCUGUUGUAGUGCACUGUGGGAGUGGUCCAAAUCGUGGUCAUUACAUCACUAUAGUGAAAAGUCACGGCUUCUGGUUGCUGUUUGAUGACGAUAUCGUAGAGAAAAUAGAUGCCCAAGCAAUAGAGGAGUUCUAUGGGCUGACGUCUGACAUUUCCAAAAACUCAGAGUCAGGCUACAUCCUCUUUUACCAGUCCAGAGACUGAGCCAAUGGCAGCGUGCGAAUGGGACCGCUUUGGCUUUAUGAAAGUCAGGCUGAGGCAGAAGGCGGGGUUUGGGCUACGUACGCCCCCACUUCAGACCCUCUCAGACGAGCCCCGAGUCAUCUAGGUGAGCCUUUGCUCUGGAGCAGCCAGCAAACAGAAGGCAGGAGCAGUUGAUUCCAGAGUGAUGUGAGUGGCGCAGUCAUCUCCAUACAGGCGUAAUGGAAGUUUGGAGGUUUUCAGUCAUCAGUCAUCCCACAGACACACACUCUCCAUCAGUCAGCACAGAAAAAAAAUAACUCUUGAUGGCUUAUGGAAAACGUUACGGUUUUAUGUGAAACCAGUGACGUGGAGUUCUGGUGUUUUGCCAUUCAUUUCUGCAUGACACUUUGCUUUAUGCUUUGUCAUGGAGGUGUGUACUGUAAAAGCUAAUGCUCUUUUGGCACAGAGAACAUGAUAAACGUAAUCACCUGUAAACAUCUUGAAACGGUCAGAGACACUCUCUUUCACUAGACCUUCAUUCGCUGUGAAAACACACCACACUGUUUGCCCACUAGGUAUCCG